CUUCUCUCUCUCUCUCUCUCUCUAUCUCUCAUGGAACCUCAGAAGUUAACAGAGUAUGAGCGUCGAAGGCUGGAGAACAUCAAAAAGAACGAAGAAAUGCUCGCUUCUCUGAAGGUCAAUUCCAGACUCAACGACCUCUCUGCCGCAACGAAACGCCAGAGAGCUCAAACGAAAUCAUAUAAAAAUAGCCCAGAAAAGAAAUCAAAAACUGAAACUCCAAUUGUGAUUCGACGGUCUCUUAGGGCCCGAGGAAUGCCACCGAAUGCUUCAACUGCUGAUGGCCUGAAAGAUGGCUUUGAUGAAACCACCCUAAAAAUCCCCAGACAAGCACACAUGAUGCCAAAAAAAUCACGUCCUGUAAUGGGUACUAUUACUAUAAGUGAUGCAUAUAUUGGUACUGAAUGGGAUAAAAAGCUUAUUGACAAAAUUUUGAGUGUAUCAAAGAAGUCCCAGUUAAGUUGCAUUGGUGGUGUAAAAGAGGAAACUGAUGGGGGGUUUUCCGAUUUGGCCGUGGGCGUGUCAGAAAAUGAGGGUACUGGGUGCCCAGAAAUGAAAAAUAAGCUUUUGGGUUCGAUUGAUGUGGAGAAAUUGGCAUUGGAGCCUGAGAAUGUAGCACGAGUUGUGCCUGGGAGAAUAAUGAGUGUGAGGUUCUUUCCCACCGCAGAUAUGACAACAAUUGUUGUGGGGAACAAGUACGGAAAUGUUGGGUUUUGGAACGUUGAUGCUGAAAAGGAGGAUGGUGAUGGGAUCUAUGUCUAUCAACCUCAUUCGGCGCCAGUUUCAGGGAUUUCCCUUCAACCAUUUUUGUUGUCGAAGAUGUUUACUUCCUGCUAUGAUGGAUUUAUCCGGCUAAUGGAUGUUGAGAAGGAGGUAUUUGAUCUGGUGUAUUCAAGUGAAUACGCUAUAUUUUCUAUUUCUCAGCGUCCAGAUGAUGUGAGGUCCUUAUACUUUGGUGAGGGCCCUGGAGAACUCAAUAUUUGGGAUGAGAGAGCAGGGAAAUCUUCAUUCUCGUUUAAAUUGCAUGAAGAUAAGAUCAAUACUAUAGAUUUUAGCUCAGAAAACAGUAACAUCAUGGCUACGAGUUCCACAGAUGGGACUGCCUCUAUUUGGGAUUUGAGAAAAAUUGACUCAAAUAAGCUGAAAUCUUUGAAGACCAUUAGUCAUAAAAGGGCUGUGUAUUCUGCUUACUUUUCACCAUCUGGAAGUUGUCUUGCAACAACGAGUGUCGACGACAUAGUUGGUAUAGUGAGUGGAGCUAAUUAUGAGGAUAUAUCAAUGAUAUACCAUUAUAACCAGACAGGCAGAUGGAUUUCUACAUUCAGGGCAAUAUGGGGCUGGGAUGAUUCAUACAUCUUCAUCGGAAAUAUGAGAAGAGGAGUUGACGUUCUUUCUUCAAUUAGUAGGAAUAUUAUUGCAACUCUACAGAGUGAGCAUAUGUCUGCGAUUCCAUGCCGUUUUGAUGCUCACCCUUACAAGGUUGGGAUGCUCGCAGGGGCCACAAGUGGAGGCCAAGUUUAUAUAUGGACACUAGACUAGGACUAUGCUUUUUGUACCAUAUUCUUGCAGUCAAGUAGUUGAGCUACAAUCUCAUACUGAUGUGUAAAGUCAUGUAAAUUGUGGAAAGACUAUUUUUUUCACCGUCUGUAGGAUGUUUUGCAGCUUCUUUAUUGCUUUUUGAAAAUUGUAACUUAGUAACAGUUCGAUGCUGGCUUGGAUAUAAGAUUUUUAUCUGAUUUAGAUGACUGGUAUUUAGUUUUAACUAGUUGAAUCUGGGAGUACGUACA